AUAUGGGUUUUCUAUGUGGGUUUUGACUGUUACUUUGUUGGGUAUGGUUGGGUUUGGCUGAUCAUCACUGGCCGAGCUCCUGCUUUGCCUUUGUGGGCUAUGUGCAUUCUUAUAUUUAUGGGGACAAAUGGUGAGACCUACUUCAAUACUGCAGCUCUGGUCUCCUGUGUGCAAAACUUUCCAAAAAGCCGUGGUCCCGUGGUGGGAAUACUAAAGGGAUUUGCCGGGUUAAGUGGUGCAAUUCUGACUCAAAUAUAUGCAUUGAUUCGUACCCCUGAUCACGCGUCACUCAUCUUCAUGGUUGCAGUUGGGCCAGCAAUGGUGAUUAUUGCCCUUAUGUUCAUUGUCAGACCUGUUGGAGGUCACAAACAAGUCAGACCAUCUGAUGAGAUGAGUUUCUCAUUUAUCUAUAGCGUCUGCCUCCUUUUGGCUGCUUAUUUGAUGGCGGUCAUGCUUGUUCAAGAUCUAGUUGAUUUGAAUGAAAAUGUGAUCAUAAUUUUCACGGUGAUUUUAUUUAUUCUUCUAUUAAUCCCCAUUAUAAUUCCUGUCUGGUUGAGUUUUUUCUCAGAGACGAGAGAUCCGGCAGAAACAGCUCUUCUGCAUGAGCCACAGAAACAAGGACCAAGCCAAUCCGAACAUGAUGUGAAUGAGGUUAUAUUUAGUGAGAUGGAAGAUGAGAAACCUAAGGAAUUAGACUUGUUAGAAUAG